AUGAAGGUUUCCGCCGUUCUCUGCAUCCUCGCCGCCACUAUGGCCGCCGCGGCACCUACUAGUUAUGCCAACCCUCAGCGCCAGAACCAGAACAACAACAAUAAUAAUAACAACCAGAACCAGAAUAACCAAAACCAAAACCAAAACAAUCGCCUCAGCGCUGAAGAGCAAAAAUACCAGCUCAGUGACACUAACCACAAGAUUGGACGCUCCGAGGUCAUUUACGCGCGAGGAUUUGGUUCUUCUUCCUCAAAGCCCGUCGCACCUGAGUAUUCUGAGUCCGAAUCCCCGACAAUUUACGUCCCCGAGAAUGACUACCCAGCGCCUAAGACUCCCAAGGAGGACUACAGGUCUGAGGCCUACCAGUCCGAGGAGUACAAGACGGAUGAUAUCAAGUCUAAGGGCUAUCAGUCUGAAAGCUCCAAUCCUGAGGUCCACCAGUCUGUAGACUUCAAACCUGAUGCCCACACGCCUAAGGUUCACAGGCCUGAGAUGGACAAGCCCCAAGUUCACAAGCCCGAGGCUCUCAAGCCACCUGCACACCCCGUGAAUCACGUCCCGGUCAACCAGCAUGAAUCUGAUGAGUCCUACGAAAGUCAGACUACGGAGCAGCAGUAA